AUGAAGUUUCCUUCUCUCCUCGCCGCAGCAAUGCUCCCCGCGGCCAUUAUCGGCAAAAAGGACUCAGGCUUCAAGUACGAGCGACUGGACAAGGACGACGCCGUCCUCCUUAUUGUGGAUAUCCAGGAGGGUCUGAUUAACGUCGUGAGGGACUUUGAUCCCCUUGUCUACCACCACCAGGCUAUUGCGCAUGCAGCCAUUGCAGAAGCCUUUGACAUCCCGGUCGUCAUCACCACUUCAGCCGACUCAGGCCCCAACGGCCCGCUCGUCCGCGAAAUCAAAGAGAUGCAUCCCAACGCCCCCCUGAUCCAGAGACAGGGCGAGAUCAACUCUUGGGACAGCGAAGAGUUCCGCAACGCAGUGAUAGCAACCAACAGAACUCAAGUCAUCAUUGCUGGCAUUGUAACCGACGUGUGCACCACAUUCCUCGCCCUUUCUCUCCGUGAGGAGGGUUUUUCAGUCUGGGCCAACGUUGAGGCAUCAGGCACUAGCUCAAUUCUGGUUCGCGAGGUUGCCAACGAUCGCAUGGCAAGGGCUGGUGUGCAGACGGUCAGCCUGUAUACCAUUAUUGCAGAGCUGAUGCGUGAUUGGCGAAACGUUCCUGGUGCCGAGAAGAUCUUCCCCUGGUCUGAUAAGUACAUGCCGCUCUGGGGUCACCUUAUCCGAGCCCACGGUUACGCAGUCACCAACGGGACUCUUUCCCCUGGACAGGAAGGGCUUCUCUAA